AUGUUGAGCUGGCCAUCUGUCGUCUCUUCAGCGGAGGUGCAGAUUGGCCCGGAGCAAGUCGGCGUCAUCGACAUCGACAUCGAGGAGGAGGCGGACAGUGGCGUGGCAGCCAAGGGCCGGAGCAAAGGUAGAAAGCGCAAAAGCCGCGGUGUCGCGGAAGAGCAGCGCAAGCAGACGCGCGUGGAGAAGAAGGCUCCCAUACCAUCUGAACCAAGCCGAGCAGGUCGAGGCCCAUCAGAGGAGACACUCUGUGAGGCCGAGACAGAAUGCGAAAAUGGCAGCGCGAGCAACGUGCACUCCGACAAGGCCGUGGGGACGGACUUGCCACCGGAGGUGCAGGCUCAGCUCCGGGCCCUGGGUUUGGGCUGGAGCUGCGCCCCUGAGGGCUCCUGGGCGCGAUUUUCGCCGAAGAUGCAGAAGCAUCCACAGAGCCUCCUUCAGGAUCCGCCCUGCUUGUCACUGCAGGGCCAAAGUGAGCGCAAUCAGGAGGCCUGCAACUGCAUUGGGGACAUGCACUCCGCAGCGAAGGCUGGCGUCCAAGAUCAGUUUGCUCUGCAGCUAGACAGCGGAAUCAAGGUGUUGCUGGACGCCAAGACACGGACAUUGGAGGACGCAGUCCAGCUGAGAGCCAACAUGCUGCGGAUUUGCGACCUGAUACGCAGAGGACAUGCAGCAGUGAGCGACCGUCUGCUGAACAGCCUCUUCGAGACUCUGCUAGCGAAGGCCUUCUGA